UCCCGACGUGGCCGGGGAGCUGAGGCCUGACUUGGCAGCGGGAACGCCGAGCUUCCUUGGGCGGUGACUGGGUCGUUACCUGCAUUUCCCACCUCCCCGUCCACCCUUCCUGACGAUUCGUGUCUGGGCACUUUGUCAUCUGGUUCUGUCGUCAGCCUGAAGGCUCCAGGCCAUGAAGGUGAAGAUCAAGUGCUGGAAUGGUGUGGCCACUUGGCUCUGGGUGGCCAAUGAUGAGAACUGUGGCAUCUGCCGGAUGGCCUUCAACGGCUGCUGCCCAGACUGUAAGGUGCCGGGCGACGACUGCCCGCUGGUGUGGGGCCAGUGCUCCCACUGCUUCCACAUGCACUGCAUCCUCAAGUGGCUGAACGCUCAGCAGGUGCAGCAGCACUGCCCCAUGUGCCGCCAGGAGUGGAAGUUCAAGGAAUGAGCGGCCGCCGAGUCCGCGGGACCCGCGUCCCCUCCGCCUGAGGGCCUUCGACCUCCGCACCGGGACCUCCGCCUGAGGGCCUUCGACCUUCGCACCGGGACGCCCCCCCGGGCCGUGGCAGGCUUGAGGAAGGACAGCCCUUUGUUUUUCCCAUGACAAGUUGACGCUUUUAUCCAAUAAGCGGAGUUUAUUAAAGUCUCUGUGCCUCA